UGCUCUCCAAUCCUCUCCUUGUUGUUCCCUGUUAAGCUUAGCUUGCCUUUCCCAUGCCCACACUGCCUCUUUGGCUCUUCCUAUAAGAGUUGUCUUGAUCCUUCUCUCCAGCCUUCAGCCUCCUGCAUCCAUCAUCACCAAAUUCUCUUGAGUUUUAUGAGAGGGUGGAAGGUCAGAGAUGGUUAAGCUGACGUUGGUGGGCAGGUUGAGAGAUGGCAUGCCCUUGUCUCAGACACCAGCCCACUUGAUCGAAGACAAUGAGGUAUUCUUAGCAUCUUACAGGCAGAAGGCAGAGCUUGUGCUUAGGGAGAUCUCAGCAGGAGCUUUGACAAAGCCCAAGAUGACCAUCCUCGUUGAUCACUGCUGUUUCCACUAUCUCAUUGGAAAUGGAACUUGCUGCAUUGCUCUCUGUGAUGCCUGGUAUCCAAGGAAGCUGGCAUUUCACUAUCUGCAGGAUCUCCAUGAGGAACUUGAGAAGGUAGACAACAGAAUUGUAGAGUCAUUCUUGGAGCCAUAUUCGUUCAAAAGAUUUGAUUAUGUCAUUGGCAAUAUCAGAAACCGGUAUUUGGACACGAGAACUCAGGCAAAUCUAUAUAAGCUGAAUUCUGAUCGCAGAAACUAUGUCGAUAUCCCCACACAAGAGUUCUCUAACAUACUGAGGAACUGUCAAACAUCAGGAACUGAUGUGGGAACAUCUGCUACCAUCACCCAUGCACAAGCUACAAUUUGGAGCUCACAUCUUCUUGAGGUGAUUGCCUUGAAAUGGACUCCAAUCACAAUUCUUGUGAUGGUAGCUGCAAUCCUCUUGUGGACUGGUGUUGUCCUGAAUGAGUAUAACACACUGACAGCAUGGUGAUAUCCAAGAACUAAGGGAGUGGAGACAGCAACUGGUAUGAUUCAAAGAAGCACUACCAAUUCGGCCAUCAGCGGAUGCAAAAGUGAUGACUUUGAUGUAAUUCACAUUGAUGAUCGAUCUACUUGUGAAUUCUGCCCCGAGAGACUUGAAUUCAUUCAAGAUAUCAAAAUACCAGAAGAUUUUCACCUUCAAAUGAAUUAUGAAUUGGUGAUCUAAAUGAUGAAAACCAAAAGAAGAGAAUUCGUAAAUCUGGAAGUUCUUCUAAACAAGUCCAUACUAAUUAGUUAAGUACACAAAGAAUUGUGUUACAAAUACUAGAUUCUAUGUAACCUCAUUCUGCCAAUUAGGCAACUGAUGUUAAAAAAUUAUUUGUUCA